GGCCCCUCCCCCAACCUACCAUCUGGACUGAGCCUGGUUCUGUGAUCCCCUGGGGGAGCCCUGUGAUCAUCUGGUGUCAGGGGACCCCAGAGGCUAAGGAGUACCAUCUGUAUAAAGAGGGAACCCCAGUGCCCUGGGACAUACAGAAGCCACUGGAGCCCGGGGACAAGGCCAAGUUUUUCUUCACACGCAUGACAGAGCUACAGGCAGGGAGAUAUUACUGUGUCUAUCUCAGCCCUGCUGCCUGGUCAGAGCGCAGUGACCCCCUGGAGCUGGUGGUGACAGGAUCCUACAGCACACCCAGCCUCUCAGCCCUGCCCAGCCCUGUUGUGACCUCAGGAGGGAACGUGACCCUCCAGUGUGGCUCAGGGCAGGGAUUUGGCAGGUUCAUUCUGACUAAGGAAGGAGAUCACAGGCUCUCCUGGACCCAGGACUCACAGCGACAGCCCAGUGGGGAGUUCCAGGCCCUGUUCCCUGUGGGCUCUGUGACCCCCAGCCACAGGUGGAUGUUCAAAUGCUAUGGCUGCUACAGGAACAACCCCCAGGUUUGCUCACACCCCAGUGAUCCCCUGGAGCUCCUGGUCCCAG